CCUGGCUCCCAGAGGACUCUGGGCUGCAGCUGGCGCAGGAGACACUGGAGGAGCUGGACUGGUGCCUGGAGCAGCUGGAGACACUGCAGACUCGUCGCUCGGUGGGCGAGAUGGCUUCUAACAAGUUCAAGCGCAUGCUCAACCGUGAGUUGACCCACCUGUCGGAAACCAGCCGCUCAGGGAACCAAGUGUCAGAGUACAUCUCGCAGACUUUCCUGGACCAGCAGGCUGAGGUGGAGCUGCCGGCUCCGCCCACGGAAGACCACCCAUGGCCCAUGGCCCAGAUCACUGGGCUGCGGAAGUCUUGCCACACCAGCCUUCCUACAGCUGCCAUCCCGCGCUUUGGGGUCCAGACAGACCAGGAGGAGCAGCUGGCUAAGGAGCUUGAAGACACCAACAAAUGGGGACUCGAUGUGUUUAAAGUGGCUGAGCUGAGUGGGAACCGGCCCCUCACUGCUGUUAUCUUCAGCGUUCUCCAGGAACGGGACCUGCUCAAGACGUUCCAGAUCCCGGCAGACACGCUGCUGAGGUACCUGCUGACCCUCGAAGGGCACUACCACUCCAAUGUGGCGUACCACAACAGCAUACAUGCUGCUGACGUGGUGCAAUCCGCGCACGUGUUGCUGGGCACCCCAGCCCUGGAGGCUGUGUUCACGGACCUAGAAGUCUUGGCCGCCAUCUUUGCGUGCGCUAUACACGAUGUAGACCACCCAGGUGUCUCCAACCAGUUUCUCAUCAACACCAACUCGGAGCUGGCACUGAUGUACAAUGACUCAUCGGUGCUAGAGAACCAUCACCUCGCGGUAGGCUUCAAGCUCCUGCAGGGGGAAAACUGCGACAUCUUCCAGAACCUCAGCACCAAGCAGAAACUGAGUCUGCGCAGGAUGGUCAUAGACAUGGUACUGGCCACAGACAUGUCCAAGCACAUGAGCCUCCUGGCUGACCUCAAGACCAUGGUGGAGACCAAGAAGGUGACUAGCCUUGGCGUCCUGCUCUUGGACAACUACUCUGACCGCAUCCAGGUCCUCCAGAGCCUGGUGCACUGUGCCGACCUCAGCAACCCCGCCAAGCCACUACCCCUCUACCGCCAGUGGACUGAGCGCAUCAUGGCUGAGUUCUUCCAGCAGGGUGACCGGGAACGUGAGUCGGGCUUGGACAUCAGCCCCAUGUGCGACAAGCACACAGCCUCGGUGGAGAAAUCCCAGGUGGGAUUCAUUGACUACAUCGCUCACCCAUUGUGGGAAACUUGGGCCGACCUAGUGCACCCCGAUGCCCAGGAGCUGCUGGAUACCUUGGAAGACAACAGAGAGUGGUAUCAGAGUAGGGUUCCCUGCAGCCCUCCACACGCCAUUGGCCCUGACAGGUUCAAGUUUGAGCUGACCCUGGAGGAGACAGAGGAAGAGGAGGAAGAGGAUGAAAGGCACUGAACAGGACUUAACUCCUGUCCUCCAAGGCCAGCCCAGAGCCUAGGGUCUGCUUUGUCCAGCAAGAGUUGGAUUAGCCUAAUGCAAACCAGGAAGUCCUGGUCAGGCCAUCUGGGCACCUAUGGGUGUGGUGACUUCUCUUUCCACCAGUCAAAGAGGACAGUCAAGAUUUACACAUAGUCAAGCCUUGAGGUCCACUUGAAAGCCUGUAGCUGGUGGUCAACUCUGACCCCAGGCUUGGCUGGAAUGGCACCAGGGCCUGGGCAGUGCCACCUCCUGCAUCUCAGAAGAUGGACUCAACUUCAGUCUGCACGUAGGCUACAGUACUCACAGGAUUCUCUGUCAUGGCUUAGUUGGGUUCUUUUUGGUGCCGAAGAUGGAAGCCGGGAUUCCCAUGGGCUCUGUGAGCAUUGUGACCCCAACCCCAACAUCGCCUGUGGAUGUCCUGCCUUCAACAGUCCAGCCGCAGGCCUUUACUGAGUUCUUCAAGGAGGAUCCCUUUCGUUGUAAAAUGCAGGCAGGGACCACCUCCCAUGGAGGUGUGGUGUUUCCUGAUACCAGAGGCUGCAUAAGACUCUUCUUAGAUGCUGGGGGGCCAGUGACCCUACUAGAAGACCCUUGCUGGCCCCUUCCCAUGAGCUGCUCAUACAUUUCACGAAACUGGGGGUGGAUGAAUGAGGAUCCCCUUCACCGACAAGAUCAGGCUUCUCAAACCAGUGUGCCAGAGCGCCCCUGUUCACUCACCAUCUGACCAUAAA